CGUAGACUCGCAGACUGUUUGCGACUGUGAAGAUCGAGGUCGGCGGCGUGCUAGAGACGCGCGUGUUUUGUUUUUACGACUUCCAACGCAGUCUCUGAUCAAUCCCGAAUCCUGCAACAUCGCCGAGGAGCCAAGAGUUUACAUUGUAUACCUAUGUCUGGGUGUGCGUGUUUUUGUGGUGGUGUGCGUGUGGAAGUUAUUUCUCGGAACGCUGGAUUAAAAAAAUGUGAUAUUAAAUUAUAAUAAGGAUUUUUAUCUCGGCUGUCGUCUGCUGAGUUUAUUGUUGUGUUGUGAUUAAAAAAUGUGUACACAUCAAAAAGUCUGAAACACUUUUUACUCGUCUGGUGGAGUGUUGCUUUCAUAUUGUGAUAAAGCCGGUCUGUGAUAGUUACAAUUUGCGAAAAUGAUGAAAAAAGAAAAACCGAUGAUGUCUGUGACUGCUAUUAUACAGGGGGCGCAAAACUGGAGCCGGAGUCUACCCAAUUUCGGACCUCCGCACAUGUCGCUAGCCCUUAGUCUGGACCAGAAUCUCUCGAUGGGCAGCUUGGGAGCACCCCAGUCCCCCUUGGACAUGAAACCUGACGCUUCCACUUUGGGCCAGUUCAGCCCUCAAGGGCCCAACAGCCCCGUUUCCUUCUCGAUGGGCGGGCACGGGACUCUCCUGAGUCCUUCGGGAAAUACGCCCAAUAAAAGCUCCACUUCGCCGUAUCCUCCCAAUCAUCCCCUCAGCGGGUCCAAACACUUGUGUUCGAUAUGCGGCGAUAGGGCGAGCGGAAAGCACUACGGGGUGUAUAGCUGCGAAGGUUGCAAAGGAUUUUUCAAGAGAACGGUCAGGAAGGACCUUUCGUACGCCUGUCGAGAGGAGAAGAACUGCAUCAUCGAUAAAAGACAAAGAAACAGGUGUCAGUAUUGUAGAUAUCAAAAAUGCCUCAAUAUGGGGAUGAAGCGGGAGGCCGUCCAGGAAGAACGGCAACGAACGAAAGACAGAGACACGUCCGAGGUGGAGUCGACAUCGAAUUUACAAGCAGACAUGCCUCUGGAGAGGAUAAUCGAAGCGGAGAAACGAGUCGAAUGCAACGAUCCCUUGGUGGCAUUGGUGGUAAACGAGAAUAAUACCACUGUGAACAAUAUCUGUCAAGCAACACACAAGCAACUGUUUCAAUUGGUCCAAUGGGCGAAGCUCGUACCUCAUUUCACAUCAUUGCCGUUGACAGAUCAGGUGCAAUUGUUAAGGGCGGGAUGGAAUGAAUUGCUCAUAGCCGCCUUCUCGCACCGGUCGAUGCAAGCACAGGAUGCUAUAGUUCUAGCGACGGGAUUGACAGUCAACAAAUCGACUGCACACGCUGUCGGCGUCGGCAACAUCUACGACCGCGUCCUCUCCGAGCUGGUGAACAAAAUGAAAGAAAUGAAAAUGGACAAAACGGAAUUGGGUUGUUUGCGGGCGAUAAUUCUCUACAAUCCUGAUGUUCGAGGGAUAAAGUCGGUGCAAGAAGUGGAAAUGUUGCGUGAGAAAAUCUACGGCGUCCUCGAGGAGUACACCAGGACGACUCAUCCAAACGAGCCUGGAAGGUUUGCCAAAUUAUUACUUCGUUUGCCGGCUUUAAGGUCCAUUGGGUUGAAAUGUCUCGAACAUCUCUUCUUUUUCAAACUGAUCGGUGAUGUCCCGAUAGAUACUUUCCUAAUGGAGAUGUUGGAGGGCACAACGGAUUCGUAGAUCGGAAGGCAGGGUUUAGUGUGUCGGGCAUAAUCGUCUUUCCCAAAACAUUUUAUUUUUUUAAAUAUUUAACUUUACAAAUCUGUGAUUUUUAUCUAUUAAAUGGAAUAUCUCUUUAAAUUUUUGGAAGAGGGUAUUAUUAGAUUAAUCGAUACGGGAAGACUCAUUUUUGGAUUAUUGCGUUCGUUGUACAAUAGUUGAUACACAUUAGGGUAUUUAUUUUUUAUUUAUAAUUAAUAGCUUCGAGUAUUGUUGAAAUUAUGCAAGUUUAGAAUAGAUCUCACUUGGACGCUUCAGUUACUUUUAGUCAGAUUGGAGGAACAAGGGCCUAGUUUGAGCCACAGCCUCCUCGUUUUUGGGUUGUCUGCGGUUUGAGCCAAUCAAAGAUGUGCGCAGGGAAGUCAGUUUUAAUCAAUUAUAACGUAACCCUAGAUUAGUGAAACGUAGUGUAUUUCAGAAUCAUAACGAGAACCAUCAUAUCACGUCAUUUGUUACGCCCUAUAUAUUAUACGAAUAAAAUUAUGUUAAUUUUCCUUUUCUUUCAUUGUUGAAUGAUGCAAAAAGUGCCUGUGAUUUUAACAAACCACAGCUCUGUGCACUUGGAUCGGUGUUUUUCAGUAUUAUGUUUUUUCUUUUGGCAGCUUUUGUAAAUAGUCAUUAACAUUCCAGUGUACUAGAUGAAAAGCGCCGUUACUUAACUCGCUGGCCUACAGUUGUUAGAAAUCUCUAUGGUCGUUCACUGUGUGUAUAUAAAACUGUUCAAGUUUCGAUAUUUUAAUUGUUAAUUAUAAUUUAUAGUUUAUAGCAUCUAAUACAUUAAACUUUUAUAAAGAUAUGUCACUAUGUAACAAUAAAUUUUUCUUUCCAACGAA